CGGAAGACGAUUGCAAGAUUAUUAACAACCAUCCCUUGAACGAUUCUCUCGACCAGUUACGAAGGUCACUUCUGGACGCGGAGCAUUCGUAUUCCUCUGUCAGUUCUCUUGACAGCGCUGACGACAGACCUGAACACCUUUGCCAGGAGGCAGUAUCACAACUGCUCCCUGCCCUGCAGGGAAAAAAAGUAGCCUUCAAUCUUCGGUUGAGGAACAGUGGUCGUGACAUCGCGUCUGAAAUAGCGCGUCUAUUUCAGCGUGUUCGGAACGGCGACUUCAGCUACACCCACUACCGCCCGCUAGUAAAGCUCAUCAUCCAAAAGGCAUCUGACUAUGACAUCUGGAGUGCCAUUCUCAAUCUCAUUACUGAACUCUCAAGAGUGACCCCAACUGCACCAAGUGUCCCUCCCAUAUUUGACAGCAGGCUGAUCAUGCAUACCUCUGCAUUGCAGCAAGACAGUGAACAGACUCAACAGCUGGUCAAGGCAAGAGUCUUUGAGGAGAUCUAGGGCUGCACAUAUUGGGACGUGCAAGGGUUCUUUGAGAAAUACUUUGAGGGAAAGAACUGGACAGAUCGUGCUCAGGAUGUCUACAAGUCAAUCAAGAACCAACACAUUGGCGGCAAAUGGACCAAACUUCUUCAGUGUACCCAGGACAACAUACAGAACUGGCUGUUUCAACUGCAGGAUGAACUGCUCUUGAAGGAGCAACGUCGCUACUACACAAUAAACAUACCAACAGAACUUACCGGCGGCCGGCAGCAGGUCAAUCUAAUUGUCAAAACAAAGAGCGGAAAACCAUCAGAUACAGAGCAUGACUGGGGAGACAUCAAGGUGAUUGGCGAACUCAAGGCAUCUAACAAUGAUGGUGUCAAAAGGACAUUGGUGCAGCUCGCCUGAUAUGCGCGAGAUGUGUUUACCUGUCAGCCGACACGGCAGUACCUUCACGCAUUUACCAUCUGUGGGCCGUUCAUGACAGCAUGGGUCUUUGACCGUUCAGGAUCCUACAGCCCGGGUCUGUUCAAUAUCCAUGAGCAGCCAGAACGAUUCAUACAGGUGAUUGCUGGUUAUACAAUGAUGACUGAGGAGGAACUAGGUCUGGACACAUUUACAGAGCAGGACAGCAACCAUCGCUUCAUAUAUGUUGCGCAGGAGGGGACCGAGAUGAAGCUGCAGAUGAAACCACAGCCUCUCACCCGUCAACGGGCGAUUGUCUGCCGCGGAACAUCCUGCUAUCUCACAAAAGUCCCAUACUCCAAGGACUGGGAUCACAUCACCAAGUUUUCCUGGACCUCUGACAGACAGAAGCCUGAAGCGGAGCUCCUCAGAUUAGCCAACCAAAGAGAAGUCAAAGGCAUUGCCAGACUGGUUGGCCAUCGGUCUAUCACCAGUGUCAAGGAGAUGCGCUCAGGCAUGACAUUCAUAAUGCCGUACUCCUUCCGUGUUACACCCAGCGCCGUGUCGUCCUUCUCACAAUCCUUUUCUCAGCCACACAGUGUCCUCUCCGGAUCAUUCAGCAACCACCAUGGCCUAACCAUCACAGAGAGUUCCGCUGAGCAUCUGAAGAAGCGUAAGUCUGUCCAUGCUGGCCCGAAAUCAAAGCGAUCCAAGUCCAACAGCCGGCAAUCGAGCGCGCCACAGAAUGAGGUUACAUACGAUGUCAAAGAAGCCCAAGGGGCCAGUCUGCUCGCUCCCAGCGACAGUGCAUAUGAUAACUGUGUUUUUCACUGUCUUGUCAUAUUCCCGGCUGGCCGGCCAAUCCAUAACUACAAGUCGCCUCUGGAACUCUUGGAAGCGCUUCGUGAUGCAGUCAAGGCACAUAGAUCCCUAUACUCCAAAGGAAACAUCCUCCACCGGGAUAUCUCUGAGAACAACAUCAUCAUAACCGAUUCCAAGAAGACUGGCUUCGCGGGGAUGCUGAUUGAUAUGGACCUUGCCAAGGAGCUCGGCACCGGGCGAAGCGGCGCGCGCUAUCGCACUGGCACCAUGGAGUUCAUGGCUAUUGAGGUGCUGCUCAACAUCGAUCAUACAUAUCGGCACGAUCUCGAAUCAUUCUUCUAUGUACUUAUCUGGCAAUGCGCCCGUCGUGGCUGGGGUGAGGAGUGGCCGAAAAAGAGUCUUUUAACAAAUUGGUAUGCUAAUAGCUAUCGAAACAUUGCUACUGCAAAACGAGGUGUGGUCGGUGCCAAUGGUUUUGAGCUCAUUUUGGAGGAGUUUCCGCCCAAGUUUGAUAGUAUCAAGCCGCUUUGCAGAGAGUUGCGGGGAAUUUUAUUUCCCUUGCGCGAAAGCGACAUCUUUACAGGUACACCAAAGGAUCCAGAGAUUCUCUAUGGGCCGAUCAUCAAGGCUUUUGACAAGGCUAUUGACAAUAUCAAAGUGGGAUAGGCUACUGUGGCUUGUUUUGUAUGUACUUGCCUAGCUUUUAGAUACGCCGCGUACUUUGUUCCAUUAGUUAGUUCUCUUUUAUCUUCCAUCUCCCAGGGCACCACAAAAAGAGGGAGCUGGAAGUGGCUUCUCCCAUCUCCCAUGGCUUAAAUUCAGGUGCAUACUACAUGAGAUAUGGCAAUUCCAAAUGGAUGCGAUGGAUGCAUCAGGCUGGAUUGACAAGGCUUCCGGGGAAACCUUUCUCUGUUGAUGUGAAGGAGUUUGUUGCUGUAACUUAAUAGCUGUAAUAAUAGCAGUUCCAGCUUCGGGAGCCUACCCGAGCAGGUCACACAUGCCUGUGCAAGGCAGGUCACACUCCAAUGCCCUCAGAGGAGGCGAUGACGCUGGCUUCUUCUGUUGCACUUGGACUCUACUCGCUCCUCAUGCGCCCUUCUACAAUGGGCACGCCCCCUGCCGGUCCUGGAAGAUCUGGAGGAGGGUCUGGACCGCCACAAGUUCGCGCGGACUACGAGGAGAGCAUGAUCGACCAAGGAGCAAACCGGGCCCGAUGGUCUGAGGCGGACGAGGAGCUUCUUCUGUCGAUAAGGCGCCAGAACAAGCCCCGGGAGGUGAUCCAGCAGAGGUUCCCAAACAGGACGCUGGCGUCAUUGCGGCAAAGGUACUCGAUUCUCAACGACCGAUCAACACCAAGUAACCGAGGGCGGACAAGGGGUAGACGACCAAAGUAGAAAUAGAUCUAUGUGGUUUUCUGCUAAGCCUUGAUGUAUUUACGCAAUUUAACUUCCAGAAGACUUCUCUGUCUAAUGGCUAGUACGAUGGAUCUAUUCAACGGUAAUAGCGUCUAUCCAUCAUUGCAACACAGAGGUCAUGUGAAAAUGCAGGUAUAGUCUCCAGGAGCUUGUUGACA